UGGAGCGAGGUUGCAAAUUUGAAUUUUGAGUUUUGACAGAGUAUCAUCCAAGAUUUACUCUCGCUAUGUUUACAAUGUAAAUAAAUUUCAAACACAUUUUUUUUACAGACAAACGUUAUAUUACACUUAUACUAUAAUUAUGUCGGAGGAGUCGUUAGUUCGAGCAUUUUACUAUGGAAAGAAUUUUUUUAUAACGGGCGGCACGGGAUUCGUAGGUUUGUGCCUUAUUGAGAAAAUACUGCGAUGCAUACCAGAUUCUGGCAAAAUAUAUUUGCUUAUGCGGCCGAAGAAGGGCAAGGAGAUAUCGGAGAGAUUAAAGGAGUUUCCUGAUCAUCCUGUCUUUGAAAAAUUGCUAGAAAACAACUCAAAAGAAAUUUUCAAUAAACUUAUCCCAGUUUCUGGAGAUGUUAGUGUAGAGGACUUAGGUUUAUCUCCAGAAGAUCGGCAACUUCUUGUAGAUAAUGUAAAUGUGGUGAUACAUUCAGCUGCUACCCUUGAUUUUGAAGAUGGCUUGAGACCAACUGUCAAGAUCAAUGUAUUGGGGACAAAGAGAAUUUUAGAAUUGUGUAAACAGAUUAAAGAUUUGAAGGUAAUGGUCCAUGUGUCCUCAGCCUAUGUUAACUCAUUUUUAAAAGAAGCCGAAGAAAAAAUAUAUGAAACUCCAGGUGAUGUUGACAGCGUUAUUAAUCUGGUUAACCGAUUGUCUGACGAAGCUCUGGUAGAUAUGGAGAAGACCAUCCUUCGUGGUCACCCAAAUACCUACACAUUCACAAAGCACCUGGCAGAACAUGAAGUUAAGAACUGCUCAAAUCUAUUCCCUUGUACAAUUGUCAGGCCUUCUAUGAUUGUGGCAUCCUGGAAAGAACCUGUAAUAGGCUGGACUUGUUCAAAAGUUGGACCCCAAGGAUUUCUUAUGGGAGCCGCUAAAGGUGUUGUCCGUCGGUUACCUCUCUCCACAGAAAACAUAGCUGAUUAUAUUCCAGUAGAUGUGGUUAUUAACCAACUACUUGUAGCAGGAUGGCACGCUGCUAAACAGAAGUCGGGUCUAACAGUAUACCACUGUACGUCUUCAACACAGAAUCCAUUCCGUUGGAAUAUGCUGAACUCUGUUGUCAAUGAAAUGCUUCACAAUUACCCACUUAAGAGUGCUGUCUGGUACCCGCAUUUGCAAUUUGUUCCAUCUCUCUUUCUCUUCCGUAUAUCGGCCAUCUUUGUUCAUUUCUUUCCCGCCAUUUUGCUUGACAUGUUGCUAAGGAUUACUGGAGGCAAGCCCAUACUAUUCCGUCUACACAAAAAUGUCUGGAAUUCCCUGGGUCGUUUGGAAACAUUCAUUUUUUCCGAAUGGAGAUUCCAUAAUCCUAAUACAAGGGAAUUAGCGACGCAGCUUAAUAGUGUGGAUGAAGAUUUGUUCUAUAUUAAUAUAUCAUCUAUAUAUUGGAUAGAAUACUUUGUUAAUCUCCAUUUGGGAGUGAGAAAAUAUUUGAACAAAGAGAGUGAGAAGACAAUUCCUGCCGCAAAAACUAAAGACGCCAUAUUAAAAGUCGCCCAUAUUGUAUGGCAAGUUAUGAUUAUCGCCUUGCUGUGGUUCAUUUUUGCCACCAUUUUUGGCUUCACAAUGCUCCAAAGUUGUUGGGCCCCAGCGAUUAUGUAUUACUUAUACACUUUGCUAUAGACCUAUUUAUCAGUAUUAAAUUAUUGCACAAUGAAAUUUAGGGGAAACCUUUUUAGUUGUAUAUUAAGAGAUGUGGGUAUGUCUCAAAUUAUUCAGACUUGUUCUUAGAUGCACCAAUUGUUGUCUCUAUAAGUGAAUUCAAACCUUAAUUGUAAAUGGUGGAGGUUCACUAUUUAAAAAGGAUAAUUUUCAAUCAUUCCUACUGAAUUUAGAGUAUAACCAAUACAUAUAUCGGUUGUGUAUUUAUUUUAGUAUAUAGGAUCUUUGUCAAUACCCAACAGAUAGAAGGGUAAAUGGAGAAUUACAUUUAUUGUUUAAACUUCAAAAGUAAUCAUAUUAAGGUGUUUUGCCCCGUUUAUUAAUUCAAUUAUUUCAUGAGACAGGACAAGGACAAAACAUUCAAUAACUUUUUCUACUAACAAUGUUGUAUUUUAGAUAUAGUAUAGAUCUAAAUUCCGUCCUUAUAGCGUUAAGUUUUGUGCACAGAUAAAAAUGAAUUUGACAUUUGACACACCAACAGCUUUUCUGUCUGUGAUGUAAUCUUUGUAUUUUUAAUGUUUAUGGUAAUGGUUUACAUUCCAGUAAAAUAAGUAUUAAAUUAUGA